GCUUAUCAUGGCGACGGUACCUUUGAGGGAUCGGCUGAGCUUCUUGAGUCGGGUACUCAAGAUCUUGCUGUACAUGUGCACCUACGGCUCCUCACACUUCCUUCUGCAACUCAAGCGGAAUUCUUCUCUCAUCCAAGAAGCCACAGUGUUCUCAGGGCCUCCUGAUCCUCUCCAUGGCAACAGUUUGUAUCAGAAGGUGCGGAUGACUGCACAGGACCUGGCAAGCACUCUAUUUUCAGAUGUCUUGUUGCCUCAGCCUGCCACUCAGCCACCAAAAGAGCUGCCUUCAACCGGAAUGGGCUCCAGGCCCAGUCCACACAGCUGCCUCCAAGGCUUUGGUUUUGAAAGAACCAGCUCCGCAUCCACAAGCAAAGUUCUACUGGCCACCAUCCAGAAGGCGGCUGAGGUGGUUGCUAGUGCCAUGCUCCCUGGUCAUGAACUUGCCAGUCCCCAGGGUCGGGAGCUGAAGGAAGAUGCAUAUGAGCCGGUCAUAGCACCCUCUCCCAGCAAAAACUGUGUGGAACCUAUAAUGCUGCCUCCCAUUGUAGCCCAGAACAUGCGAGUGAACCACCAGCCAGGGCAAGCAGGAGGGGGCUGGGAGGAGUUGGACAGUGGACAAAGCUCCCAGAAUUCCUUGCAGGAAAACAAUGAGCAGAGCAGGAUGUCAGAUUCCUAUAGCAAAUCAAGCAGUGACAAUCAUUCAUAUGCCUUGGAACCAGGGAAUGUUGCUGAAAGGAUGGAAGCAGAAAACCUUGGUGAUUGCCUGCAGGAAGUGAGCCUUGUCAGCAGCCUCACUCAGGGAUCCAAAGUCUUUCUGACUCGUGAGGAGACCCAAUACUUCCUCAAGGAAUGUGGGCGACUGAAUUGUGAGGUGGUCGUGGCUAUGAUGAUCCGACUGAAAGACCCCAGUGAGUGCGUCCGCAUGAGGGCCAUGUGUGCCAUCUAUUCCCUCAUGUGUUCUGACCUGUUCUCCCAUGAUCAGAUAUUUGCCAUUACCCAACAGCACUUGCAAGAUCUCAGUCAAGCGUGCCCUGGUCCUGUAGCCAACAAAGCAACAAAGAUCUUGCGUCACUUUGAAGCACUGUGCAGGAGGCAUCCCCCUUUCAAGAACUCUCCCCCGGCUGUCAACCUCGUUGUCCCUACCAGGACCCUAGCCAAACAUCCUAAUGAUCUGCUGACUGAUACGAUGCUUUUUGCAGGAGAGACUGUCCUCGAACCUACAAGCCUGGCACCACUGCCCUCCGAAGCACCUAAUGGCCUUGCAAGUGUUAUGCGCCUUUCAGAAGGAUUGAUGACAGGAUCUGAGUGCUGGAACCAGCUAGAUGACUUGCCACCUACCCUGCACCAAGAGCGGGAAGAAUGCAGACUUCAAGGCCCUAAACCCCAAGAGGACAGGCCCCCAAGGGGGGAUCCAGAUGGUACAGUUUCACUGUUUGCUGGCAUGGAGCUGGUAGCGCCCUCAAGCAUGAUGCUGGCUGAUGCGGCUGAGCUAGAAUGUAUUUCUCCAGCUUCCCGGACAGCACCUUGCACGGGGAACACGAGAGACAGUGAAGACAGCCAAGAGCCAUCUGCAUUCCCCUUUCUCAAUGUGUAGAGGAUCUUGUUUCAGAUUCAACCAUGGAACAGCUGGCAUGUCUUGGUUUUAGCUUCCUACAUGUUUUGCAGAAGCCUCUAGCCAGGCAGUGCUUGUCCAACCUGCUGCCCUUUUGUUUAUAUUGCUGCUCCUUCCUGGAAAAGGGGGAGUGGCAUUUCCAUUACACCUCUAUUUCUGUUGGGUCACCUGCUAGGGUAAAAGAGGGGAACUGAAUCCCUUAAGAUUUCUUUUAAUGUGAAUCUUAGAAACGGCUGUGCUUUUGUUAAAUGAAAAUUCUGUAACAACCUGGUAUUACAUCAAAAAGACAAAAAGGCUUCUGCAGAAGUGAUAGAAAUAUCCUCUUUUCCCUUUCGCUCUCAAAUUGUGCCUGAUUUUUUUAAAAAACAGCUGUAUUAUUCUCACUUGGUUUUCACCCCUCCCACUCACUUACCUCUUGUAAACAGUCCCACACUUUCCUCUCUUAUUGUGAACUUAGAUUCUCAUGGUACAAAAUGGGAAGGCCGAAAAAGAUAUUCAGCACACUGAUGAGCUUCUGUUUUUACAGAGACAUUCUGUGAAGGAAAGCUAAACAGAAGGGACUUGUCCUAGUUAACAGCUUUUUGACAUCCUUGAGUUUAUGUCAGGUUAGCUGUUUGAAAUCCUCCAAGGGUCCCAGUGUACUAUGUAAACAGGUACUGAGAAAACAGUUGUAAGAGUCAGACCCACAAAUCAAGGUAGUCAUCAAGACAAAAAUUGUUUUCUAUAUAUUGCUGCCAAU